GCAUAGUCUGGGAUUCGAACUCCAGACCUGGGUGUAGAAGCCUUUAAACCUUAACCAAUAGGCUACGGUGCUUCCACGAGAAGACCCGAAUGUCAAACCAAGUUGAAAUAUCAAAAACUUGAAAUAUAUCCAAACCCGGUUCAAAAGACCCGAAUGUCAAACCAAGUUGCAGUUACAAAGAUAACCUCUUUAUGGUCGGCAUUGAAUAAACAAAACAUAUCUCUUUCCGUUUAGUUGUGUAAUAAAAACAUUUAAGAAGUCUCUCUCUUUAGUACCAACCAACUUACGAAAAGUCAAAGCGACGACAAACCACACGGAAGAGAGGAAAAGAGAGAGAGAGUCUUUUGGUGUUAUGGUGUUCAAUAGUGCGGCGGUUGUGGCGGUCGCCGACGUCUCAACGGAGACAUGGCAGCUGAUGUGGAGGAUACCGUCGUCGCAGAGGAUCAAUACAAGGCAGCUUGUGGACAUGGCGGUUUGUUACCCGAUGUAUCAGUUGAGUCGCUUGGUUCUAUGUUUAUGGACUUUUAUGUGUCUCCCUCCUGAUGAUUCCUUCUACUCCUACACCUACCACGAAGCUCAAUCUUCUUCUUCUUCUUUGUCUGAUGAUGCUGAUGAUGAAGAUCGGCUUGCUUUUGAGCAUAAUCUCUAUCAUAAUCAUCGUGUUUAUGAUUCUGAUGAUGAUGAUCGAUCUUCUUCUUCUUCGUUUGAUGACUAUUAUAAUCAGUACUCCCAUUAUGAUUGACUUUUCUAAGCUGAUUGAUUAGGUGAUGAUGAUGCGAUGCCUCUGUUUAUUGAGAAAAAUUAUAAUCUUUUUUUUUUUGUUGUAUAUGAUUACGCUUCCUGGAUGUUCAAAAAAAAAAGACAGAUUAUACGAAGUGAAUAAAGUUUUCAGUUUUAUGUUGUCGUU